GAGGAUAAACAAUGCAUCCAAGACCUACGCAUCACUGAUCCUUUGGAUGACAAGAGACGCAUAGAACAGACCAAGGGUGGUCUUUCACGGGAGCUUUACUGCUGGAUCCUUGAGAAUCCGGAAUACCAACAGUGGAGGGACUCUGAUGAGAAUCGGCUCCUCUGGAUCAAAGGUGAUCCGGGCAAAGGGAAGACUAUGCUCCUCUGCGGCAUCAUUGACGAACUAAAUCAACAACCAAGCCGCUCGGGCCUUGUCUCCUAUUUCUUUUGCCAGGCUACUGACCAGAAUCUCAACAACGCUACUGCCGUUCUACGUGGACUCAUCUUUAUGCUUGUCAGGCAGCAACCAUCGCUUGUCUCUCAUGUUCGGAGAAGGUACGAUCAAGCGGGUGGAAAGCUGUUUGAGGGAGCAAACACCUGGUUCGCCCUCUCGGACAUUUUCACAACAAUGCUCCAGGAUCCCGCGCUGAAGGGCGCAUACUUGGUCGUCGACGCUCUUGAUGAGUGUGUGUCUGAUCAGCAGCAGCUACUGGACCUUAUCAUACUCGCCUCUGGCACAGAAGCUCGCGUGAAGUGGAUCAUGUCCAGCCGAAACGAGUUUCGCAUAGAGGAGCGCCUGAAGCAUGCUGAGCAAAAGGUCGAACUCAGCCUAGAGGUAGAGCUCAAUGCACAGUCGAUCGCCACCGCUGUCAAACUCUAUAUCGAAGACAAGUUGCAAAAACUAUCAGACGCGAAGGGCUAUAACGAAGUGACUCAAGAGCGAGUUCGAAACUACCUCCUUAAGAAUGCAAACAAUACGUUUCUCUGGGUAGCUUUGGUCUGUCAGAACCUUGAAAAGCACGCGCUAUUGGAAGCUUGUGAUAUGCUCGAGGCGUUUCCAAAGGGCCUAGAGUCCCUUUAUGGAAGGAUAACGCAGCAGGUUCUCAAGAAAGAUGGACGAUAUGCCAACCUCUGCAAACAGAUUCUCAUGGUCAUGAUGAGUGUUUAUCGCCCCAUCACAUUGCGAGAACUGGGUUCUAUGGCCGAAAUCAACCAAGAGUUUUCGGAUGAUGUAGGCUAUCUAACGGACGCUGUCGCACUCUGCGGAUCAUUCCUCACUAUCCGUGAGGAUACCAUCUACUUUGUCCAUCAGUCCGCUAAAGAUUAUCUCUCCAAGAACGAAGGCGCCAUCUUCGAAUCCCGCCUUAAGGACAUACAUCAAACCAUGGUUUCCCUUUCGCUACAGGCCAUGACCAAGAUUCUACGAAAGAACAUUUAUGCACUCCCAUGGACUGGACUCCUCUCUGACGACGGCAUUGACAUGCCAAGUCCUGAUCCCCUAUCUGCCAUUCGAUAUUCCUGUGUACACUGGGUUGACCACCUUUGUAAGGGGUCCACGGUAGAGGCCUAUCUCGAGGAUAAAGGGCCUGUCGAUGUAUUCCUCCGUGAACAUUUGCUUCAUUGGCUGGAGGCGUUGGGCCUUUUGCACCAAGUGUCGGCUGGUAUCCUCUCGAUCGUAGCGCUGAAGGACUUGGUUGCUGUAAGUCUACCCAUGUUUGACUUUCGAAAUUCCUCAGAUGCACAUCGGUUUGUCCUUUACAAUCGAAGGCCUAUCGAGAUCGCCCCGCUUCAAGUGUAUUCAUCUGCGCUCGUCUGCAGUCCUACGCAAAGCCUCGUGCGGAAAACUUUCCAUCGAGAGAUACCAUCGUGGAUUCAAAAUAGACCUGCGGUCGAGGAUAAUUGGAGCCCUUGUUUACAGACACUAGAAGGCCAUGCCAGUACCGUUGAAUCAGUGGCUUUCUCAACAGACCUCAUGCAGAUCGCCUCAGGAUCCGGUGACCGCACAAUCAAAGUCUGGGACAUCACCACAGGUGCAUGCAUCCAAACGCUCGAGGGACAUACCCAUACAGUGUGCGCCGUGGCUUUCACAGCAGACAGCCGACGAAUCGUGUCGGGGUCCGAUGACAAAACCAUUAAGAUAUGGGAUCUGGCAACCGGCGCGUGCCAUCGGACACUUCGCGGCCACACAGACGGAGUUCAGAAUAUAGCUUUAUUAGAAAACGAUCAGAUUGCUUCUACAUCACAAGACGCGACUAUUAAGAUCUGGGACAUGGAGACAGGCUCAUGCUUGCAGACACUUAAGGGUCAUACUGACUGGGUGACCUCGGUUGCACCGUUGGCUGGUGGCCUAGUCGCGUCAGGAGGACGAGAUCGCACAAUCAAGAUAUGGGAUGUAGCUACGGGCUAUUGUCAUGAGACGCUCGAGGGCCACACUGGCUCAGUGACUUCACUUGUCACGUUGGCAAAUGGCCAGCUCAUCUCAGGGUCAGGGGACAAAACAGUAAGGCUCUGGGAUAUCGCAACAAGGACGUGCAUUCGGGUAUUCGAAGGGCAUCAUUACAGCAUUGAGUCAAUCAUUUUCUCAUCAGACGGCCGGCAGGUUGCCACAGGGGCAACAGACGGCAAAAUCAAGAUAUGGGACGCAGAUACAGGCGCAUGCAUCCAGACGCUGGUGGGGCAUACCGACUAUGUGCUAUUUGUCAAAUUCUUGACUGAUGGCCGGCUUGUCUCAGGAUCGGAGGACAAGAGAGUCAAACUCUGGGAUGUGGAGACGGGCGCGUGUGUCCGGACGUUUGAGGGCCAUAGCGACUGGAUUUACUCAGUAGCCGCCUCAGCAGACGGUCGGCGAAUCGCCUCGGGAUCAUACGACAAGACAGUCAGGAUCUGGGACACGGCUACUGGUCAGUGUGCCCGUACACUUGAUGGACAUCGUGAUUGGGUGCGCGCGGUGGCCCUCUCUAGGGAUGGUCAGUUGGUGGCCUCGGGAUCCUUCGGUGGUCGCAUCAUGAUCUACAACGAAGCCUCGCACUCACAUCGCACACUUGGGGACCACGGCCGUGAUAUCGCCUCAGUGGCCAUCUCACCAGAUGGCCUAUACGCCCUGUCGGGAGCUGAUAAUAACACGAUCAAGGUCUGGCAUAUAGCUACGGGAAAGUGCGUCCACAAAUCUGAUGUUCAUGCCGAAUGGGGGGCUCAACUAUCGUUCGAUCCAACGAUGAAUUAUCGCAUCUGCAGCAACUUGGGUGGCUACAUUGAUCUGGAUCCGCCAUCCCUUGAGGCUAAAAGUGAGGAUGGAAGUGAACAGGUCCAGAGCUCAAGGCCGCCUACUCCCCCAUUAUCCUCUGUCAUGUUCCGUGGCUACGGUAUAGAAAGGCGAGACGGGCGAGAAGAGUGGAUCAGGAAGGACGGGAAGCCGCUGUUUUGGCUGCCGCCAGAAUAUCGAUCUUGGUACUCCGCUGUGUCGGGAUCUACUGUCGCAGUCGUUGUUGGCAGGACUCGUGUCGCCUUCUUCAAGUUUUCAGAGGCCGGGCCAGAAUCAUAG